GGCAUUCAAAAUUCUAUUUUAGCCAGCCUAUACUUAGGGUCCCGGCGGGAGUUUUCAAAAUGGUGGUACAAAUACGCCGCAGUACUGCAUCAAUCAACCUUGAUCCCGAAUGGCUGUUGGGAACUCAGCAGCUGUAGUGAAAAUGCACAGGAAGUAAAGAGUAUAAAACGGGAGUUAAUUAUUUUUCGAUGAAAGUCCAGCUAGGCCUGGGCCAAAAUCUUACCCAUUGUCAGCUUGAACUGUGGUUUGGAUACAUCUGUUAGUUGGUGAUCAUCAAGAAAAGUGACCAUUUCACAUCAAGGAUAUCUGCCGUUUGUGAUCCACUGCACUUCUGUGACAAGUUUCCAAAAAUUAUGCAGUGUACAACAGUCGAGUGACCUUUAACCCAAUCACGAGGCCCAGCUAAUCGGAUCGACUCGCUUGGGGCUUUGUGCAAACCGCAUUCCAUUUCCAAGCCGCUCCCAAAUCUAGUUGUAUUUCGUCCGAAAACUGGCCCAAAACGAUGGAAACCCGUGUCAAGAUAGAACCACAAGCCUCACCGGAAAACUCUGACGUCAUUGGCGCGAACUACGAAGACCAGAACGGUGGAAAUUUCUUUGAGUCGGAAGCAGAUUCCGAGUUUGACGGGAAAGGCGCCCGCAAUGUUUUUGGGAUCGAUGAAACCAGAGCACUCCUGCAAAUCUGGGGCGAGAAGGACAUUCAGGAUGUUCUACGCACGACCAAGCACAACCGGGCGAUCUACGAACGCAUACAAGCCCGGAUGGUGGCGUUAGGAUACAACCGGUGGACCGCACGACAGCUACACGACAAGUGUAAGAAUCUCAGCAUGGAUUAUAGGAGGGUCAAGCGGCAGGGCAUAACGUCGGGCGGAAAUGGAUCCGGACGUCUCGUGUUCAAGUUCUAUAACGAGCUGGACAGGAUCUUAGGACAACAGACGGAGACUUGCAGCUCAUCAGGGGAAGACUACCAGGGCGAGAGGACGGUGGAUUCUGCUACAUCGGUAGAGGACAACCAGAUCGAAGAAAAUAGUCAUGGCUAUACUUCGCCAGAGAAUGGAAAGCUAUCGUACACAGAACCCGAGGUCCCUGCAGCAAGAAUUGAUGAUAGUCGAUACACGGAUUCACCAUCAUACAUGUACAUGCAGGAUGAUGCUAGAAAGUUGCAGAGCAGAGCAAAGUUGCAGAUCCGGUGGUCAGAUGCUGAAACGAUGGACCUCCUGAACAUCUGGGGCAGGGACCACUUUCAGACCCUGCUGAAGGUAACACACCACAAUAAACCAAUCUACCAGGAGAUCGAAGUGAUGAUGAAUGCUCUCGGACACACGCGUUCAGCGAAACAGAUCCACGAAAAGUGCAAGAAUCUCAGCGUGGAGUACAGGAGAGCAAGACGCACCGGGGGCGACAACACGAGCCGACGGUUCAUGUUCAAAUUUUACGACAAACUGGACAAAAUAUUAGGACACGAGAUGGAGAGUUCACCAUCAGGACAGGAGUCAUCUCAAGCUUCUGUGUCAGGAAUGGAAGAUUUGGGAGAUGACAGCUCUGGUUCUCCAUACCCCGUCAGUGUUACAACAGUGGUCAGAAAUACUGAGGAAGCAGAACAGCCUAAUCCACAUGAGAGUAUUGAAGACUGUAGCCCCCACGCAAUGCCAGCAAACAUCAGUACGUCAGCUGACGGCGCACCCACAAGCAGUCCAGUCCCGAGCCAUCAGGCCUGGCUUGGUUCUGAGACAAUGGCCCUCCUAGAAGUCUGGGGACGAAAGAGCAUCCAAGACUGCAUCUACAAUGGCAAGCAUAACAGGCGCAUCUUCCAGAACAUUCAAAGGAUUAUGCAAGAACGUGGCUACUGCAGAACUGUGGAACAACUGCAGGACAAGUGCAAGAGUUUGGCGAAGGAAUACAGGAAAGUGAAACAGAUGUCUACAGAUGACAGUGGACGGCGGGCUAUGUGCAGAUUUUAUGAUGAGCUGGACAGCAUACUCGGCCGUUUUGCCCCUUCGGAAUCAGGCACUAAACAAACUAAAAGGCCGCACAGUGAUACAAUUUGUGCUGAGAAAGGAAAUAGUCCCUUCCAGCCAUCACUGCCCAAUGGGAACGUGACCAUGAUGAACGGGACGGGAGUAAAACGCCGCCGGAUGGAGGACUCGGAGUCUGAAUCUGAUGGAGGAAACUGUGAGAUGAUCAGCCCACGCCCGAAAACUUCAUCCGUCAGAAUAGUGCCAGGGAGGAGGUUCUUUGCUUUGAAGGCAGCAGGUUGUGUGUUCCAGUCGGAGAGCUGGCAGCCACGUGGGGAAACCCUGUACCAGCCCCUUCAGUUUGAAGUACUGGUCAAUGCUACAAACAUUGAGCAGGUCAGCUUCUCUGAGGGCCUGGCCUUUGUAGGCAAUGAGGCUGGAGCCUAUGUCAGGACAGAGUCAGGUCACAUGAUCCAUCUAUGGCGCCAUGACAACGAACAACGUAAACUCUAUGUGUCACGAUCAUUCCUUUUCACAAACUAUCAGAUGUACAGUGAAGUACGAGAGGUGCUAGAGCAGUUGUAAAACCAUCAACAUCACAACAUCCUGUGGAAUAAACAAGAAAACAACCUAGUCUUGAUAGCAGUUGUAUGUUGGUAGUCUCAUAUUUUGACAGUAAUGUAAAAGCGUGUGAAUGAGUCACUCAUCAUUGGAUAUAGAGUGCACAAAAUGGUGCACAAUAACAUUAUUACCAGUAGUUGGGAAAAUUUUUGUACAAAGCAAUCUCACAAAGUUUGGAAUGGGAAUUUGUUGCACUGAGAAGGAAGCCAACUUUGCCACAGUGAUGUGACAGUACUUUUUCUAGCUUUAAUACAAUGUACUUAAUACAAAUAACCUUAAGUAGCAUUUAACCCUCUCCUCCCAAGAGAUGGAAAAAUCCUUCUGUGCAAGGAUUUGGGUUGGAGUGCAAUGAUAAAUGGAAGAAAGUAAUGUUUGACAACUGCUACCCUCCCUUGUAGCCGUAACAUAUUCUGAAGUUUCAACUCCUGAACAAACAACCCUUGCUGUUUUGUUAGGAGCAAGCAAGAAAUUGUGGCAAUAUCUGUUACAGCUCUACAUGUAGGGUCCAAUUUUGUAAUGUCAUUUGAACAUUUAUGAUAACAGUUACCUUAUAGAAACAUUUGUGCCUGUGGUGCAAUAUCAGAUACCAGUUGUGUGGUGUAUUUUGCAUUAAGAGACAGAGUUGUUCAGUGCAAGAAUACUUUAUGCAGAAUUUACGUCACAAAAGAACUACAACUCCCAAAUACUUACUUAGGAUAUUUUAGUGUGAUCAAUGUUGAAAACUUGAUGAUUUGUAGUAUGUAAGCAAAUAGUGAGCUAGUUGAAGAAAGUUGAGAGAUUAACACCUCUCAAGACAUUGUUCACCAUAGGUCACACAUAUCUUUAUGUAACGUUACAUGUACAUAUAACAUUUCAUUUAGUUUUUAAUGUAAACGCCUUUUGGCUACCAGUGUUAUAUCUGCGAACAUGUUUGUGCUCAAUAUGAUUAUGACUUGCCAUAUAGACUAAAGUGAUUUUACAAAAA